AUGGCGUUCACACCAGAAACAUCAAAUUCCACGGGAACUAUGGAGUCGAAUCGAUUCAUUCAAGAACCGAUCGCGGUCGUGGGAAUGGCCUGCAGGCUCCCAGGUCAUAGCGAUUCACCCCGGAGACUAUGGGAAUUCUUAAUGCGAAACGGAGUGGCAGGAACGGACGUACCAGCUGGGAGGUUCAAUUUAAAUGGGUUCUACGAUGGCUCAGAUCGGCCUCACACGUUCCGAUCACCAGGUGCCAUGUUCAUGGAAACGGUAAAUCCGGCAGAGUUCGACGCUUCAUUUUUCAACAUACCUCCGCAAGAAGCGAUUUCCAUGGACCCACAACAGCGGAUUUUACUGGAGGUCAUUUAUGAAGCACUCGAAGGGGCCGGUAUACCUUUGGAAUCACUGGCUGGAGAGAAAUAUGGGUGCUUUGUGGGAGCACACACAGGAGAUUACUGGGAUGUCUUCGCGCGCGACCCAGAUUCAAGACCUCCGAAUGCUGGGAUAGGCGGCUCAGCAACCAUGCUGAGCAACCGAGUCAGCCACUUUUUGGACAUCAAAGGCCCGAGUUCGUUGGUUGCUCUAGACACAGCAUGCAAGUCCUUACACAUCGGCGAGAUAAACGGGGCAAUCGUAGCGGCAUCCGGGUUGAUCUUGAACCCUGACUAUGGAUGCGACGCUGGAUCAAUCAAGAGCACCCACUCCCCGACCGGACGAUGUCACACGUUUGACGCCAAAGCAGACGGCUACAUCAAGGCCGAAGGCGUCAAUGUUGUCAUCUUAAAACGCCUCGACGAUGCCAUUCAAGACAGAGACCCAAUCCGCGCCGUGAUCCGAGGAUCGGCUAAUAAUCACAACGGCCGUACGGCUGGUAUUGCCUCCCCAAAUGCUGACAUUCAGGCUGCCGCCGUGCGCCAGGCAUACGCUAAUGCCAAUAUCACCGAUUAUUCUCUAACCGCAUAUUUGGAGUGUCAUGGAACUGGGACCAUGGCCGGGGACCCUGUGGAGACGACAGGAAUUGCGUCGGUCUUUGCUUCGUCACGGACCAUCGAUAAACCGCUUCGUAUUGGAUCAAUAAAAAGCAACAUUGGACAUAGUGAGUCCGCCGCGGGCUUGUCCGGAAUGAUGAAGGGAAUUAUGAUCAUCGAGACAGGGUUAAUUCCUGGAAAUCCCACAUUUGUGACACCAAACCCUGAAAUUGAUUUCCAUGGCUUGAAACUCGAUGUUCGGCAAGAACUCACGCCUUUUCCAGAUAUGCCGUUCCGCCGGGUAGGCGUCAAUUGCUUUGGAUUCGGAGGAUCAAAUGCGCACGUUAUACUAGAUGAACCGAAUGCGCUAGUCUCGGAUUAUACUCCAGCAUAUGUCAGCUCAUACCGGUCGCCAGGAGCGGCCGCAGACCAGUGCUCAAGCUCGACAAAUUUGCGACCGUACCUUCUAUGCUUCUCCGCAAACAAAGAAGGGUCACUCCGAGAUUCGAUCGACAAACUGACGCAACAUGUGCGCGACCCCGAAAUCAAUAUCAACCCUCGCGAUCUGGCCUAUACAAUGGGUGUCCGCAGAAGCCAUUUGUUCCAUCGGGGCUACUUGAUAACAAAUCAUUUGGGCGACUUGGAUGCCACAAUGGCGGUCUGCGGAAAGAAGAGUAUCCACCCUCCAAGGAUCGGAUUCGUGUUCACGGGGCAGGGCGCUCAAUGGCCAGAGAUGGGGCAAAGUUUGCUCGCAUCAUUCCAGCCGGCAAGAGACACCAUCGAUCACCUCGACUCAAUUCUCCAGCGUUUGCCAGAUCCGCCUAACUGGACAAUAUUGGACGAAUUGACAUCCCCUCGUGAUCCCCAGCAUACAAGACAGCCAGAAUUCAGUCAGCCUCUUGUCACUGCACUACAGUUAGCUCUUCUGGCUGUGUUAAAAAAUUGGGGUCUUUCACCACAGAGUGUUGUGGGCCAUUCAUCGGGUGAAAUAGCAGCGUCAUGCGCAGCUGGAUACAUCUCCGAUGAGGAGGCCAUCAUUCUUGCAUACCAUCGUGGGAAGGCUUGCCAGGGCACACGCCACCAAAGCGAUAUCGGGCUGGGAAUGCUAGCAGUAGGUCUUGGCGCUGAAGAUGUUCAGGAACAUCUCGACGAAUGCAACGAAGUUCAAAUUGCAUGUUUCAACAGUCCCACGAGUGUGACUCUCUCUGGCCCAGCCGCUGCAUUAGAGAGCCUGAAGAAUCGACUUACAGAGAACGGCGCAUUCGCACGAAUGCUGCAGGUAGACCAGGCUUAUCAUUCCAAGUACAUGGAGAAUGUCGGAGAGAAAUACGAAAACGCCGUGAGCAAAGACCUUCCUCGACUAUCCGCAUCGCUCUGUAUUUCCAGUCCCGUUCGUAUGUUCUCGUCAGUAUCUGGACACGAACAGACGGAAUCACCGGAUGUCGAGUAUUGGCGGACAAAUAUGGUGUCGCCGGUGCGGUUCGACGAUGCUGUUCGCGAGAUGCUGACAUCGAAAGAAUCCCCAAAUUAUCUAAUUGAACUUGGUCCUAGUGGUGCUCUAAAGGGACCUCUCGCGCAAAUCCAAAACAGUUUAGGCGGUUCUCCAAAAGCCAAGUACCUUUCAGCGCUGCAUCGAGGACCAGAAUCCAUCAAUUCCACCCUUGCAGUCGCUGGUGAACUAUUUUUAGCAGGAGCUCCAAUAUCAAUGCAACUGGUCAACGAAGAUCAGCAACCGGCCUAUCCGCGGAUCGUGACUGACUUGCCAGGAUACAGCUGGGACCACUCGACCAAAUACUGGUUCGAAUCGACAUCCAGUAAGGACUGGCGGUUCAAACCAUUUGUUCACCACGACCUUCUCGGUAGUAAAAUCAUUGGGACAUCUUGGCGCAAUCCAACAUUCAAGAAGACACUGAACCUAGCACACUUACCAUGGUUGCGAGAUCAUCAGAUUGGAUCAGAUGUCAUCUUUCCCGGGUCUGGAUACAUUGCAAUGGCCGUGGAGGCAUUAUACCAAGUCACCUGCAUCCGCCAACCAGACACUGCCGUGUCAUCAUCAAAUCAGUUGGGGUACCGUUUACGCAAUGUCCGUUUUGAUAUGGCUCUGAUCCUGGAAGACGGUAUUGAGCCGGACGUCUACCUCACUAUGAGUCCAUUCGGAGGUUCGGAAGACACCUGGUAUGAAUUCACGGUCUUCUCGACAAGGCAGGAUAUCACGACACAUCAUUCAAGCGGGAUAAUUCGAGUCCAGGACACUGUUGUCGACCCGGCACCCGAGAAAGACAUCGCACCUCUAGAGCACGCGCUACAGGGCCAUUCGUGGACCAAGGCUUUUGCAGAAAUCGGCUUCAACUAUGGUCCAGCGUUCCAUCUGCUCCGGGAAGUGGAGACCCGCGCUGGUCAUAGGAAAGGCCGAUGUACCAUUACAUUAGCUGAUCCUUCUUCAGAUCAAGCCCACUCAUCCUAUCCUUUCCAUCCUGCCGCGCUAGAUGGGGUUCUCCGAGCUACUGCCCCAGUAUCUGUGGCAGGAAUGCGCAGAGCAGUUCGUGAAACCUUGAUCCCAGCCAUGAUCGAUGAUUUCAUUAUCAAUCCUAAUUCCAGCCGCCCCGACGUCGGUAUGGCGGUAUCCUCGAGCUAUUAUUCCGGUCGAGGAAGGUAUGACGCAGCCAAGAGCUAUCUCGGCGACACUUCUGUGUAUGAUCCAGCCACAGGAGAACUGCUCAUUCGGAUGACGAAGCUGGCCAGUCACAAGGUUGAUCUAGGGACUGACCCAUUAGCGCCACACACGCUGACCCAUGAAGUUUGGAAGCCGGACAUCGCCACGCUGACCACACAAUCUCUUCGUAUACUGAGCAACCAAUAUGCGGACAUCGUUUCAGGGAUCCUGGAAUUAGCUUUGCAUAAAAAGCCCGAUCUAAAUGUCCUUGAAAUCGACUUAGACACGGGAGACCUAAACAGCCCGUGGUUGGACUGGCAGCAACAAACUGAACGCCAGUCCGGGCGAAAUUACCGCUUCAUGGCACUUGAUCCAGUUAGCAUCACUGAUAUCCGAAGCCAAUAUGACAGCUUUUCGGAUUUUUCGGUCGAUUUAAUGGAUCCUGAAAGCAGCCGACUGGGGCUUCAAGGGGAAGAAAAGUUCGACCUCAUAAUUUUGAAAUGUGUCUCACCUUUGCCGGACAAGAUGAUAUCGGUCCUGGCGGCCAUAAAUACCUUGCUAUCCGCAGAAGGUCGUUUACUAGCUAUUGACUUCUCAGCCACCGGGCGUCAAAUUAGUCCCAAACGCUCGUUGGAGGGCAAUUUGGAUAGACCCAAAUUUUCCCAGGUUAUUACCAUACCUGAAAAGAGCAGAAACAUAUUCUUGUGUUCGCCGCAUUUAGAACAGGAACCUGAGAUACCGGGAGCUAGCAUGUAUGCUGUUUCCUUUGAGGAAGGCUAUCAUUUUCCCGCCGUGUUACGAAGCCAUCUCCACAAAGCAGGGUGGCAAGUCCACGAGCGUCGAUGUCUAUCUGAGGAUAUCCCAGAGAGAGCUACUGUCCUCGUCACAGAUGAGGUAUUCUCUUCCGUCUUCACAAACAUUUCGGAACUGCAGUGGGAUUACCUUCGGCGCCUGGUGACCAGCGGCUGCAAGGUACUUUGGGUGACACAGGGGUCUCAACUCACAGUGUGUCAACCAGACAAUGCUCUUGCGGUCGGGCUUUUCCGUUCCGUUCGUUCUGAAGACCCGAGCGCAACAAUCAUGACACUCGACGUGGGUUCCAGCGACCCUGAGCAGGCAGCGCCGCAUAUUCUAGAGGUUUUGAGGCAGAUGGAGCGACCGCAUGCCCGAUGGAUAACUGACAGUGAAUAUGCGGAGCGAGAUGGGGUUCUCCAUGUCCCACGGAUUGUUCCUUACAAGAAACUAGAGUCUGAGGUAAACGCACACAUCCGGAAACCAACCACGCAACCUUUAUCCCAAAACCAUGCAAUCGUACAGCUCAGAGCUGAGCGGGUUGGUACCCUGGAUGGGCUGCAGUUUGUCGAGAUUCCCACUACGCCUCCUCCCCAGGGACAUGUUGAAAUUGAAAUAUGCGCCGCGGGCCUCAAUUUCAAGGAUGUAGCUGUCACCAUGGGGAUAGUUCCAGAGAACGAACACCUACUAGGACUAGAAGGGGCCGGUGUCAUUUGUGGCACUGGAGCGGGCGUUUCAAAAGAUUUAUCACCAGGCACGCGCGUUGUCUUCAUGGCAAAGGGGUCUCUCGCCAACCGCAUCCAAGUGCCCGCAGAAUUCGUGCUUCCGAUUCCUAAUGCCUUGUCGCAUCAAAAUGCAGCGACAAUGCCUGUGGUAUUCUGUACGGCUCUUUUCGCCAUAUUUGACAUCGGCAAUCUCCAACCGGGACAGACAGUGCUCAUCCAUUCAGCUGCAGGAGGUGUCGGGAUGGCUUGUAUCCAACUAGCUCAAUACAUCGGAGCAGAUAUCUAUGUGACAGUAGGAACGGAGCAGAAACGUCGCUGUCUCCACGAGAAGUUCGGCAUUCCGUACGAUCGCAUGUUCUCAUCACGAUCCGCAGAUUUCGCAUCCGAUAUCACCAAGGCAACCCAGGGGCAGGGCAUCGAUGUUAUUGUCAACUCACUGACAGGCGACUUGCUGGACGCAACCUGGCGUAUCUGUGCCGACGGCGGAACAAUGGUGGAAAUUGGAAAGCGAGAUAUUGUGGAACGCAAUUAUCUCGCGAUGGAUCCAUUCGACCGGGGGUGCUCAUACCGUGCUAUCGACCUAUCGCACCCUAAAUUGUUACUUAAACUGCCCAGUCUUCUCAAACGGAUUUUCGAUCUUCAAGCGAAUGGAUACAUCUCUCCCAUUACCCCAAUUACCACAUUCCCGAUGGACCAGAUUCCUGAGGCAUUUGCGUAUCUCCGCAGCGGCCGCCACAUUGGCAAAGUCGUUAUCUGUGACCAACCUGGGCAAGGCUCCGAGGUUUCCAUACGCCCAAUGCAGUGCGAUCUCGCUCUUACCGAGAAUCUAGCAUAUCUGAUGGUCGGGGGACUCAAGGGUCUUUGCGGCAGUCUUGCGCAGCACUUGGCAGAAAGAGGAGCUCGACACCUCGUCGUGAUGUCUCGUAGUGGAUACGCCGAUCCGCGCUCACAGAGAGUAAUUACCAACUGUCGUUCACUCGGGUGCGAGGUUCAUUUCUGUCGUGGGGACGUCCUGCGGGUCCUAGAUGUGCGACGAGCCUUCAUGAAGGCGCCGGUGCCAAUUGGCGGCAUUAUUCAAGGCGUCAUGCUUCUCCGCGACCGACCCUAUGAGACAAUGACAGUGGAUGAAUACCACCAAAGCAUCGAAGGAAAACUACAAGGAACCUGGAAUUUGCACCACGUCUCCAUGGAGCGGGGCCUUCCCUUGGAUUUCUUCCUCAUGCUGUCCAGUAUUUCAAGCGUGGUUGGCAGUCCCGGCCAGGCAAACUAUGCUGCCGCCAAUAGCUUCCUCGACUCGUUUGCUACGUACCGUCGGUCGAUGGGACUAGUCGCCCAGACAAUUAACCUCGGGGUGAUCGAAGAUGUGGGCGUCGUUGCUGAAUCCGAUGCACUGACCAAGCGCCAUCAGAAAUCAGUGGAGUUGACAAAUAUCCCCGAGGCCAUUCUGCACGACAUGGUGGAUUGUUCGCUUCGCCAGCAGCUCAUGUUCAAAGCGUCACCAUCGGGUGCUGAAACUCCGAGCCGGUUAAUAACAGGCCUCACGGUACCACAAGAUCCGAAACACUCAGCUCUGCGAUUCGAUCUGCGCUUCCGUGGAUUGUUCGUGGCGCGGGCAAGUGCAUUUGAGUCCGCGACGGCAGCAAAUGAAAGCGACCCCGUUGGCAGUGCAGUAUAUUCGUUCCAUGGGCUCGUUCGGGCUGGUGCGUCUGUUGACGAGCUUCUCGAACCAUGUGUGCAGGUCCUGGCGGCUCGGCUAGGUCAAAUGCUCCGAUGGAACGACGGGCAGCAAAUUGAGCCGGAGCGACCGCUGUCAGUCUACGGGCUAGACUCGCUGUCCACGGUGGAGCUGCGAAAUUGGAUCAAAGCCGAAUUGGGGGCCGAACUGACCACGUUCGAUAUUGUCCACGCAAAUAGUUUGAUCAUGCUAGCAGAAAGAUUAGUCAAUAAGGUGCGACGAGAAUGAGAAGGAUUAAGGAUUCCGAUGGAAAUUGUGUUGGUGAUGAAUGGAUUGAUG